UGAGGCCGAAAAGUAGGGCCGGGUGGAGGCCUGUAGAGUAGCCCCGUCCUGGCCUGUGAUGACGAGGCCGCCGAAGUUGCACGUCGGACCCGGCCGCUGCUACGCUGACGUGGCCCCCGGAAGUGGUGCUGGCGCAGGGCCGCCAUGUUGCCGCAGGACAGUAAUGAUGACACUGAAGAUGUUUCAUUGUUUGAUGCAGAAGAAGAGACAGCUAAUAGACCAAAAAGAUCCAAAAUCAGACAUCCGGUGGCAUCAUUUUUCCAUUUGUUCUUUCGAGUCAGUGCAAUUAUAGUCUAUCUUCUGUGUGAAUUGCUCAGCAGCAGCUUUAUUGCCUGUAUGGUGACCAUUAUCUUGUUGUUGUCAUGUGACUUUUGGGCAGUGAAGAAUGUCACAGGUAGACUAAUGGUUGGCCUACGUUGGUGGAAUCAUAUUGAUGAGGAUGGAAAGAGCCACUGGGUGUUUGAGUCCAGGAAGGCAACUUCUCAAGAGAACAAAAGUGUUUCAGAGGCUGAAUCAAGAAUAUUUUGGUUAGGACUUAUUGCCUGUCCAGUGAUGUGGGUGGUAUUUGCCUUUAGUGCUCUCUUCUCCUUCAGAGUAAAGUGGUUGGCGGUGGUUAUCAUGGGUGUGGUGCUACAAGGUGCCAACCUAUAUGGUUACAUCAGGUGUAAGGUGGGCAGCAGGAAGAAUUUAACCAGCAUGGCUACCUCGUAUCUUGGGAAGCAGUUUUUAAGACAAAACACUGGAGAUGACCAGACUUCCUGAGUAGAGAGAAAGCUUAUGUGAUCUGUUACCUUGGGGGACAAUUGAAGAGAUUAUUGACUGAAUUGUUUAGAGCUCCAUUCAUUUUGCAAAGAAGAGAAUACAGUUGAAUGGGAGGAAUAACUUCUAGCAGUUACAAUGGGGAAAACACAGUUUGAGACUGGAGGAUUUGAUCUACACCUAGGAAAAAUAACAGACAACUAAAAGAUUAAGGCUGACAAAACUGGGGAGAAAGUGCUGAAGGAGCCAGGGCACAGCAAGAGGAUGGCUGGCUGCAGUAAACAGGACCAAGAGGGACAUGGAGUGAGCGACCUGGGGACAUCAGGAGACAAGAAAUAAACACCAGGCAGAAUAGCAGGCUUGAUAGCCAAGGAAGGAUGGGGAAUCACAGAAAACUCUCAGAUAAUAUUCCUGGCUCCCACAGGAACAGGCCUGCAUUGUGCACCCUGCCCUCGGUGGCUUUGGUGAGGCUGCCAUCUGAGGCCUGCUGGGACAUUGUCUUUGAGGGGGAAGCACUCAGUUACUCAGAGAAGCAAACUUCCAUGACCCUGUCCCGUGAGCCGCUUGUGUGGUCUGUGGGACGCCCUGGUCCCCUACUCCAAGCAUCUGAUGUUGCAGAAUUCCUCAGACUUCAGGUGGUAAAGGUGAUCAGAGCUUGAGGCUCACAGGCCCAGGGGAGCCCAACUCAGCAUCACACAUAUUGGUAGACAGCCAUCAGAACUGGGUGCCCUCUCUUCCCUUCUUAGAGACUGUACUGAUGUGCGUCAUUAUUGAAGGGCAGGCAGGGAGAAUGGGAGCACACUGCCCUGAGUGAAUGAAGUUGAUUUCUUUUUAUUCAGAUGAACAGGCAGUCACCUACCUUCAUCCCAGUGCCACCUCAGCACCCUGUUCCGCCGUGCAGGCUUAACAACAGGUCCCGGGUGUUUCGCAGGGCAAAACGUAUCUGUGAGUGACCUGGCCUUGGGGAUGUCCUACUGGGUGCGGUGCUGAAGUCAUGCCUGUCCCUAGCAUUCCUAUCCCAGGACUGCAAAUAUGACCAUCCGAGGUGGCCCUGCCAUAUUCCCUCGUUCGGUCUGUACCCCUUUUAGAUUUUUCUCUGUUGCAGAGCUUUUUAUAUACCAUUGUCUUCCUGGAGUUUUCCACUUUGUCAUCCUCUGGGGGGUCAGGGAAGGCAGGGACAAAAGAUGAAUAUGUGGCAUCCUUUUGCCCAGUAGCCCACAGGCUGCUCAAUGUCCUUAGCUCCAGCCACCCUCAGCCCACCAAAGAGGGCUCCUCUCAGCUGGGAUAUGGAUACCCACCCCCCCGUGGCUGGUGAGAAGAUACUUGUACGUAGCAUUGAGGACACUUGUGGCUGCGUUCCUUUACUGAGUGCUCAUGACGUGCCAGGCAUUGCUGUAGACCAACAGUCCCCAUCCUUUUAAGCACAGGAGACUAUAUAACUGGAAGACAAUUUUUCCACAGAUGACUCAAAGGAGCGUUCAGUCUAGAUUCCUCAAAUUUGCACUUCACGGAACAAUGCAGUGGCGAAUUAAAACUGGCCACAGUGGACGUAUUUACCCUCUGGAAAUUGCAUAAAACAAAGAUGUCUGCUGUAAGGGAAGAAAGCUGACUUCCUGUUUGCAUGAAAUGGAAAAGAAGAAAUGAAUUAUGUGUCUCCCAUCAAAUGUCUAUGGGAGAUAUUUAAGGGUUUUUAUUUGUUUGUUUGUUUGCAGUGCUGGGAUGGGACCCAGAGUCUUGUGCAUGCAAAGCAAGCACUCCACCACUGAGCUACACUCCAGUCAAGACUUGUAAUUAUUGACUCUCAGUUCUGUGCUGCUUCUAUAACUUGCACAUAUUUCUUAAGCUUGUUUGAAAUUACAAAUUGAGCAUCCUUUAUCUGAAACCCCCAAAUCCAAAAUAUGCCCACUGGAAACUUUUUAUGUGCUGCUAUGACUCUGUAAGUGGAAAAUUCUACAUUUGAUCUCAUGUCAUGGGUCAUAA